AUAUAAUAAUUACUUAAAAUUCUGAUAAAUCCAUAUGUGGGUAGAGGAACGAGCGAGUGAUAGUUACAGGAGAUAAAAUUAUCAACUUGGACAGAGAACACUUUGAUCUCUCCAUCACUGUAAAAGAAGACUCUAUUUACUUCUAUGAAACGGGAGCAAAAGUGGUGACUUCACCAGAUAAUUUUCUCGUGAUAGAUAGAAGUACACAGGGAGCUAGAUCACUUCCCGACGAGUCAGCCAGACAUUCACUUGGUCAUUGCCAGUUGCAUUACUUGAAGCGAAAAAUCAUUGAAUAUAUCACCGAGAUUCUUAAGCAUCUGUGAUUUCCAGAGGACGAGGAACUGUCGUUAUAAGAUGCCAUCGGCAAGUUUCAACAACAGCAGGCGAAUGGUCACUUUGAGCUGUUCAAUUUUAAUAUUAAUGAGCCAUGUUGUUACUUCGCAAUUGCCUCCUGUCACCGUUCAUGAGCGUGCGAUAACAACAAGUCAUGAAGAACAUCUUGUAUAUGAAUGGGAAAUCAUCAAUUAUGGGACCAUUCCUAAAAUCGAUGGAUGCAUCCAAUCACCAGAAUUCCACGCAGACAACCAAAAUGUGCAAUGGUUAAUGAGAAUAUGCUCAUCAAGAAGAGAGCAGUACGGCAAUUUUCAUUCCAGUAGCUUUGAAAUCGAGGCCCGUUCGAGGCAGUCUAGUAACGAAAUUUACAAAAUGCAAGGGGAAAUUCUCAUUUCGGGGUUAAGGAUCAGGCACACAAUACACUUGAAUGAAGAAUCAGUAGGUGAGCAGGGAAAUAAAUAUACGACUUCUCUGAAUGAGAUAGAUUCUUCCUUAAAUUCAAUAAGUCGUUUUGACAACAUCACUAUACGGUGUGAAGUUGACGUAUCAUUCCGCAAUACGACCGUGACUGAUGUCACGAAGCCGCCAGUCAACGAAAAACCCCAUGAUUCACAAGAAGGACAAUUAAAUAAGGAUUUUAGACAACUUCUGAAUGAUACAAGGUUCAGUGAUGUUGAUAUCAUUGUUGGAGAUCUUACAUUGCCGGCACACGGAGCUAUUUUGGCCGCGCGGAGUCCGGUAUUCGCUGCCAUGAUGGACCAAGCCCAGGACAAAGAAACUGCGAAGCUCGAAAUGACCUUUGACGCCAUAAAGCCGAUUGUGAUGACAGCAAUACUGGAAUACAUUUAUACAGACCGAGUUGCCAAUCUUGAUCAGUUCCCAUUGACGUACGAAUUAAUUGCAGCAGCUGAUACUUUCAAACUGUCAAAUUUGACGAUGACGUGUGGAAAUCUCCUGAAGAAGGAUCUCAACGCAGAUAACGUCGCUGAUAUUUUGGUAAUGUCUGAUCGCUACGCUUUAUAUGAAUUGAAAAAAGCUGCGAUUGAGUUUAUCAAGAGAAAUUUCCCGGAUGUGAUGGAGUCCGAAGGGUAUAAGAAAAUGAAGGAGAAGUCUCCCGCGCUUCUGAUGGAGAUCCUCUUCUCCUCUGGUAACCGAUUCUAAGACUGAUUGUGCUUUUCCUAAAAACAACUAUGCAGCAGGUCAAGUGAUAUAAAAUAUUAUGCAAUUAAAAAUUUGUUUUACAAUAUUGUACUCAGUGUUCGUAACCUCUGUAACCUGAUAAUAAUUACAGAAAAUAUACUCUUAACGUUAA